AUGUUCUACUCGGAGACUCUCCUCCAGAAGAGCGGGCCCCUGGCUCGCGUCUGGCUGUCGGCAAAUCUGGAGCGCAAGCUGUCUAAAAAUCAUAUCCUACAGUCCAAUGUCACCGACAGUGUGGAGGCCAUCAUCACACCGAACCAGGCGCCCAUGGCACUGCGUCUGAGUGGCCAACUUCUGCUUGGAGUUGUGAGAAUAUACCAACGAAAGACGCGUUAUUUGCUGGAUGAUUGUAAUGAAGCUAUGAUGAAGAUCAAAAUGGCUUUCCGUUCCAGUGGAAACAAUGAUAUGGCUGCCAACUUACAAAUGCCGAAUCGUGAGGCCUUGCUUUUGCCUGAUCGGAUCACGCCUUAUGACAACCUGGAAUUGCCUCCUCCUCCAGAUGCCUCAUGGCUUCUGUCUCAGGUUGACGACAUCACGGCUACCCCAGUCGGCCGCAAAGGCCGUGCCAGCAAUAACAGAGAUAUUAAUUUGCAGGAAGAUCUUGAAGUCAGUCAAUUUUUACAUGCCAAUGACAACGCAGACGACAGCUUUGCACCAAUGGGCGAGUUAGAACUUGAGCUCGACUUCGGCUUCAGCAUAGACGACGACUUGAGCCAAAGUAUCGAACAUGGUCGAGAUGCACCGCCAGCACGCGACGUUGAAGAUGACAUGUUGAGCGAUGACUUGGAACUUCGGACACACAACAAGGACGCAACUGAUUUGGGAGAACCCCCUGUGAGAAUCGCGGAUGGAGAGGGCGACAUUGCAAUGGGUGAUGAUGAUUUCGCUUUCAACGUUGAUGACCAAUCUGCCAUGCCGGGUAUGGCUUCCGCGACGAAUCUGGCCCGUGAAAGAAUAUCCGAAUCGCCACUUUCUGACAUUGACGAGAAACUGGCACUGGAGAUUGAAACAGAAUACUCGCGCCACAACCACACCGAUCUCUAUGAACCCACGGAAGACACGGAACUUACCAUCGUCCGCAGGCCUGCCCAACGUUCAAAGAAGCAGAAAAUUAUGAUGCCCGAUGAGGAGAUUGCCUUGUCGAGCAGUCAUAUUAAACAGCAACAGGCUGAUCGACAGAAUAUCAUAAAACCUGCCUCUUUUCUCCCUCGAGAUCCCUUUCUACUAGCUCUGAUGGAUAUGCAGAAGACUGGUGGGUUUGUCUCGUCCAUCAUGACCGAGGGUCGCAGCUCAGCUUGGGCCCCGGAGCUUCGAGGCAUGCUCUCAUUAGAUGCCGUCCGGGGAAUGAGCGAGCUCAAGCGAAAGCGAGACAGUGGCAUUGCGGAUGUGGAUAGCGACGCUGGUGCUGCCAAGUCACCGCGCCUGGAACUUGGAGAGGAUACAGACUUUGGCUUUGAUGGCGACGGCGUGACUAGCCACAGUGUGGCAGCCGAUGGCACCAUUCUGGAGAUCCCGGCCGCUGGCGGCGACGAUGAUCACUACGAAGCUGACGGUAGUGUAAUGAACCCCUUCGACGAAACGACGGCUCCCCUUGUGCAUCCUCAAGACAGUGGGCCAGUCUCUGUUGGUACCAAGCAUGCCGUGCACAUUCUUCGAGACUUGUUUGGAGCUGAGGCUGCCACAAACGCCGAGAGGAGGAAGAAGAGCUCCGUUGUGUUCCAGAAUUUGCUACCCGAGAAGCAAACCACAAAGGCAGAAGCCACCAAGAUGUUCUUCGAGUGUCUUGUCCUCGCCACUAAGGAUGCGAUCAAGGUUGAACAAGGACCAGAGCUGGGGGCGCCCAUCAGAGUUCGUGGGAAGAGAGGAUUGUGGGGAGACUGGGCUGAGCGAGAAGCCGGAGGCGAGAUUUCGAACCAGAACGAGCCGGAGCCUGCAGCGGUCAGUUCUACUGCCGUUGCUGUGGAGGCCUAA